CACAACACACCCUCUAUAAAUUGACCAACUCAUAUUUUCCCACACAAAACAAACAGCACAAGUAGUUCCUCUCUCUAUAUUUUCCUCAUUUCUGCCACUCUCUCUUGGAAAACUAAAACAGCUGUAUUCUUGACACCAUGAAGCAAAAGAUGGUAGUGAAGGUGACUAUGAGCGACGAGAAAUCCCGCUCCAAGGCCUUGAAGGUAGUAGUCGGUUUCUCAGGGGUGGAGUCAGCUUCAUUGAAAGGAGAUGACAAGAGCCAAAUAGAGGUAACAGGAGAUGGGGUGGACGCAGUUCAGCUAACAAGUCGGCUAAGGAAGAGCGUGGGGCAUGCGGAGCUAGUGAGCGUUAGUGCCGUCGACGGUGAAAAGAAGGAAGAGAAUAAGCCCCCCGCCGCCUAUGUAUGGCCUUAUAAUCAACCUUUAUAUGUGUAUCAAGAAUUGCCAUAUGCUCAUCAACAAGACCCUUGCUCCAUCAUGUGAGGUGUUUUAUUACAAGGGAAAACCAUACCACAUAUCCAUCCAUGGCCUUUAAUUGAUCCCACAACUGAUGAGUUGGGAGAAAUUUAUUACUUUUAUCUUUGCAGUUCAUGAUAUAUAUAUAUAUAUGUGUGAGGAAGGGCUGGAUUUGUGAGUUGACGUUUUCCAUAUGUUGUACAAUUACAGCCGGGUGAUUGCGUGAA